AUGGAGGAUCAAUACGGUUUGCCCGAUCUCCGGCGCUACGUCGCCGCCGGGACUAAUUUCCUGCCGCCUGCGGCGGCGGACCUGCUGUCCGUCGGCCGAGGACUGGGCCAGCCACACCCGUACGGCGUCCUUGCGGCCGGAACCGGAGGAGCGAGUGGGGCCGUCGGCGGUGGGUGCUACGGAGGUUUUGAGGGCGGCGAUGGUGGCGCCGGGAGGUGGCCGAGGCAGGAGACGCUGACGCUGUUGGAGGUGAGGUCGAGGUUGGAUGGCAAGUUUAAGGAGGCCAACCAGAAAGGCCCCUUGUGGGAUGAGGUUUCAAGGAUAAUGUCUGAAGAACAUGGCUACCAAAGGAGUGGCAAAAAAUGCAGAGAGAAAUUCGAGAAUUUAUACAAAUACUACAAGAAAACGAAAGAUGGCAAAGCCGGCCGGCAAGACGGUAAGCACUACAGAUUCUUCCGGCAGCUCGAAGCCCUUUACGGCGAAAACAACAACAACAAUUCGUCGGCUUCAGUCUCGGAAGCCCAUCAUCAUAAUCAUCAUCAACAACCUCACUCAAUGCCAACGAGCUUUCACUACAAUUACCCGAAAUUCUCGGACAACACCAGCCUAAGCCUCUCGAACUACUCCGAACCCGACACGACCUCGACGGACUACACGGACGAAAAUGGGCCCAAGAAUCCGAAACGGGCCGGUAAAACGGGCUGGAAGGCAAAAAUCAAGGACUUCAUAGACCUGCAAAUGAAAAGUCUGAUGGAAAAACAGGAGGCUUGGAUGGAGCAGAUGAUGACCACGAUCGAGCGAAAGGAGCAAGAGAGGGUGCUGAGGGAAGAAGAGUGGCGCAAGCAGGACGCGGCCCGGGUAGAGAGGGAGCACCAGUUUUGGGCCGGUGAACGGGCCUGGAUCGAGGCCCGGGAUGCAGCUCUCAUGGAAGCCCUACACAAGCUCACGGGGAAGGAGUUUAUGGCAGCGGCAGAUUUACGGGGUGAGAAUGUGGGUUUAGCUGUGAGGGGGGAAAUGUGGCCGGAAAACGGGUUUUGGGAGGAAAUGGGUGGGAAUAACAGUUGUGUGGUGGUGAAGAGCGGGAAAAGAAAGAAAGAGGAGUCGAAAAGCUGCGAUUUUUACGGUGGUGGUGAUGGGGUUUAUAGUGAAAAUGCUGGAGUCGAGCCGGUUAUGAGGCUGAACAACGAUCAAAGUAAUUCGUCCCCGAGUAAUAAUAAUAACAAUGCUAUGAAUGAGAGCUGUUUUAGGCGAGGCACGGAGCCUUUUGUGUCGGAGGUGAGACUAGCUAGCGAGGCAUCAAGGCGAGAAGCCUUUGUGUCGGAGGUGAGGCGAGACGGUGUUGGGGUGCCAAAGCCUUGUCGGAGGAAUCUUUGUGUCCAGGGGCAGAGCCGAGUCGAGGUGAAUUUGAGAAGUGAGAAGAAAGGAGGUGUCGAGAGACUGUAA